AUGGUUGCCACCGUCAAGCUGAACAACGGCAAGUCCAUGCCCCUCGUGGGCUACGGCAUCUGGAAGGUGCCCCGCGAGAACGCCGCCGAGUCGGUCUACAACGCCAUCAAGCUGGGCUACCGCCACAUCGACGGCGCCUACGACUACACCAACUCGCGCGAGGCCGGCCAGGGCGUCCAGCGCGCCAUCGCCGAGGGCAUCAUCAAGCGCGAGGACAUCUUCGUCACCUCGAAGCUGUGGAACAACUACCACAAGAAGCAGCACGUGCAGGAGAUGGGCCAGUUCGAGGUCGACGCCUGGGGCAUCGGCUACCUCGACCUCUACCUCAUCCACUUCCCCAUCUCGCUCAAGUACAUCGCCCACAGCGAGCUCAACUGGCCCUGCUUCUGGACCGACAAGGAGCAGACCAAGCCCACGCCCCUCGACCCCACCCCACUGAGCGAGACCUGGGCCGCCAUGGAGUCGCUCGUCGACCAGGGCCUCGUCAGGUCCAUCGGCGUCGCCAACUUCAACGCCCAGCUGCUCUACGACCUGCUCUCCUACGCCCGCAUCCCGCCCGCCGUCAACCAGGUCGAGCACCACCCCUACCUCGUCCAGCCCAACCUCAUCAAGAUGUGCCAGGAGAGCGGCAUCACGGUGACGGCCUACUCCUCCUUCGGCCCGCAGUCCUUCAUCGAGCUCAACAACACCGACGCCCUCAAGGUCGAGCCCCUCUUCGCCCAGGCCUCGGUCGCCCGCGUCGCGGGCAAGCACGGCAAGACGCCCGCCCAGGUCCUGCUGCGCUGGGCCACGCAGCGCGGCAUCGUCGUCAUCCCCAAGAGCAACAGCGUCGACCGCCUCAAGCAGAACCUCGAGAGCACCGACUUCGACCUGGCCCCCGAGGAGAUCGACGAGAUCGCCUCGCUCGACAAGCGGCUGCGCUUCAACCAGCCCAGCGACAUCAGCCCCCAGUACCGCAUCUUUGAUUAG